UAUGAACAUGAGCUAGACCCCAUUGUGCAUACAAAAUGUCAUAGUUACACAAAAAAGCCUCACAUUUUGAUUAUACCAAGCUGAAAAAUAAGAUAAUUUCUUGUUUUGUCUUGUCUUAGAAAAUGCGAUACCCUCCAGUGCAGGGUUCUGUCACGUUAUGUGCCUAUCCGUUCAUAUUGAACGCACAAGCCAAGACAACCGUGCUGCAAACAGAUGCUGAGCUGCAAAUGCAGAUGGCAGUAAGCGGCGCUAACUUGCACAACGUCUUCAUGCUGUUGACUAUGGAACCUUUGCUGGCAAGAAACCCUUUCCUGGUGCUUCAUGUACGAAGGAACCUCUUAGUCAGCGAUGCUCUCCGGGAGCUCACAGUCUACAAUGACGUAGACUUGAAGAAGCCGCUGAAGGUCAUCUUUGAUGGAGAGGAAGCUGUGGAUGCAGGAGGAGUCACUAAAGAGUUCUUCCUGCUCCUAUUUAAAGAGCUGAUGGAUCCGAUCUAUGGCAUGUUCACCCAAUAUUCAGAGUCCAAUCUUCUGUGGUUCUCUGAUAAAAACAACCUCCUCGAUAGCAACCAGUCUGGUUUCAGAAGUGGACAUUCAUCAGAGACUGCCUUGCCCUAAAGAGUUGUUAAAGCCCUAAGACUGGCAAGAGCGGAUUCCAAAUCUUCAAUACUUAUGUUGCUGGAUUUGUCUGCUGAUUUUGACACGGUUAACCACCAGAUCCUCCUGUCAACCCUAUUGGCAGAG